GCCAGCGAGAGCAGCAGCGGCCGCAGCAGCUGCCGGAGCGACCCCCGGGACCAUGCCCGCCGCGGCGCCUCCCCCGUUGCACCCCCCAGCGGGGCCCGCGGGCUCCUGCUGCCCCUACGCCCACCACCCGGGACACCGAGGCUUGUUUGACCACACUUUAAACAGCAUAAGCUCAAGGAUAACACAAAGGAGACUUCAAGGGACUUGUCCACCCAUCGGUCGUGGAAAUUUUGGAAAACCUUUCUUGGGUGCAAACAGUUAUAGUUCCCCAUUUUUAAACCCCAGGAAUGGUUUUCACACUAUCCAUUCAGAGAAUAGCCCUGUAAAGCCAAGGAUUGUUACAGUGGUGAAACCAAGUGGACACACACUCAGGAAGAUCACAUUGCUUCUGAACAGGCGAUCUGUCCAGACUUUUGAACAGCUGAUGGCUGAUAUAUCAGAAGCUCUGGGAUUUCCACGUUGGAAAAAUGAUCGUGUGAGAAAACUUUACAACCUGAAAGGCAGAGAAAUAAGAAGUGUUUCUGAUUUCUUCAGAGACGGUGAUGCAUUCAUUGCUAUGGGAAGGGAGCAGUUGACUUUGAAGAACCUUGAAGUGGUAAUGCAAGAACUUUUUCCCAGUAACCCAUAUGCUGUUGGUAUAAUUCAACAAAACUUGGAACAGUCCCAAAAACUUAAGAGCAGGCUGUGUGACAAAGCUGUGGAUAGUGGCUUUGAUGAGACAGAGAUUGCCAAGAACGGCAAUGAUGCCAUAUCUUCCCAACUAGGAGCCAGGCAUGAAGGAAAAAUUCAACCUAAGACCAGGCAAGAAGAAAAGGUGAGGGCCAAAAAAAAAUGGGGCAGAGAGAGUUGGGGCAGAGAGCAAGAUGUGAAGCCACCUAGAAAAGCCAGAGAAGGAGAAAGGUACUUUAAUCAAGAGAAAAGUCUUGAGAAUGAAACAGAAAAGAGUUCAGAUGAGAUAGUGAGAUGUGAGAAGUGUCAAAGGGAGAGACAGCUCAGGCAAAAACUACAAAGGGAAAGGCAGGCUGAUGUCUCAUUUGAGAGCAGAGACCUGAAUGUGGGAAUGUGUCAGAGAUAUAAUUUAGAAAGGAAUGUAAAAAUGAGGAAUUGCAGGAAGUCUUCAGAAAACUCUAUAGAAGGUGAGGAAGUUGAAUGGAAGGAUACUGGCUGUAGAAGGAGCUGGAAACCCUUACAAAGAAAUGUUAAUGAAGAGCUAGAAAACCAAAAAAGGGGUUUUGAGAAGGAAAGGGAUCCGGAAAGGCAUGAGAAUCAUGACAAAGAGUUAAUAAAGAUAAAGAAAAAUACUGUGGAAGCUCUGCAGGUGGCUCCUGAAGCAAAGAAAGAGAAUAGAAGCAGUUCCAGAAUUAAUCAAAAUUGUUGGUUAAUGAAGGACUAUCAAGGAGAUGCAGGGAAGCCCAUAAAAGCAAAGGGAGAGGGCAAAGAGGUGCGGAAGGCAAAAGAAGAAAGUGCUGUAGGGGAAGAGAAUGUAAUGCAUGGAGAGAAUGAAUCGACAAGGAUGAAAAAGAUGGGAGAAAAUAAAGCCAACAAAGAUGAAAAAAAGCCCCAAGAAUUUGAAAGCACGAGGCUGAGGCAAAAUGUCCAUACUAGAGCUGAUGUGGAGAGCUAUUAUGAGAUAGGCAGAACCAUUGGGGAUGGAAACUUCGCUAUUGUGAAGGAGUGCCGGUGCUGCAACACCAAUCAGAACUAUGCCAUGAAAAUUGUUGAUAAGUCCAAGCUGAAGGGGAAGGAGGACAUAAUGGAAAAUGAAAUUUUGAUCAUUAAGAGCCUUUGUCAUCCCAACAUAGUGAGUUUGAUUGAGGUGUAUGAAACUGAGGCUGAGAUCUAUCUAAUCCUGGAGUAUGUCCCAGGAGGGGACCUAUUUGAUGCAAUCAUAGAGAGCGUAAAGUUCACUGAGCAUGAUGCUGCUCUCAUGAUAACUGAUCUGUGUGAGGCUCUAGUUUAUAUUCAUGGCAAGAACAUUGUCCACCGAGAUCUGAAACCAGAAAAUCUUCUGGUUCAGCAUAAUGCAGAUAAAUCUACUAUGUUGAAACUAGCAGAUUUUGGCCUUGCAAAGAAAGUUACAAAACCCAUAUUUACUGUGUGUGGAACACCAACAUAUGUUGCCCCUGAAAUACUUGCUGAGAAGGGCUAUGGACUGGAAGUAGACAUGUGGGCUACUGGUGUGAUACUCUAUAUUCUGCUGUGUGGCUUCCCUCCUUUCCGAAGUCAGGAGCGAGAUCAGGAAGAACUGUUUCAAAUCAUACAGCUGGGUCACUAUGAAUUCCUUUCACCAUACUGGGACAGUAUUUCGGGUGCAGCGAAAGAUCUGAUAACCAGGCUGUUGGUGAUAGAUCCUCAAAAGCGCUACACAGCUCAACAAGUUCUUCAGCACCCCUGGAUCAGAACAGCUGGAAAAACCAACAGCAGAAACCUGCAGAGGGAAGUGACAAUAAAUAUCGAGCGCCACUUUCGGAGCCAGCGCAGGAAGGGAGUUGUAGAUGACGACACAUGAAACCCCUUCUCGUUAAUAGAGUCCUCUUUGUUUUUUCCUUUCCUAAAUGAAUUGGGCCCAUAGCUUGUUGUUUUUGUUGCUUGACCUUUUUUAGAUUAUGAGAAUCUGGGAAAGUUCUGGAAUUCCAAGGCCUGGUCCAGCUCCCACUGAAGUGACUGAGUCUUCCCACUGACUUCAGUGGGCACUGGAUAG